AUGCUGUACGCCGGCUAUUAUACCCUCUCUCGGGCUGAGGGGUCAGCACCAACGUCUCGCCGAGUGUCCCAAGAAUCCAGCUCAAGCGAGAAGUCAACGUCGUCCUCAUCAUCACAGAAGAUCAAGGCCGGUCUCAAGAAGAUACUGGAAGAACUUCGACCCACGACAGAGCCGCUCACACCUGCCGGCAUCUACUCUCCUGUCAUUAAGCAAGAACAGCUGUCCAGCCGCAAGCAGAGCACUGCCAGCAGCACCUGCUCUGAAGUCGAGUUGACGAAAGCAUAA